AGUGGCAGUUGGCUGUACCUGGCGAAGCCUGCCAUGCCUUGGGCAAGGCCGAUCUGUAGCAGCUUUUCAUUCUCCGACAGUCGGUCUUCGUCUGCUGUUGCUUUGCCCUUUGCACGCGCUUCCUGCGCUGACCGCGAAUAGUAGAAUACCACUUGAUCGCCAAACGUCUCGUCCGUCGGUCCCAGCGGCGGGCUGUAGAUGGAGAAGAAGGACAGUCGCGCCGGCGUGAACUGCUCCUUUUCCAUGGUCGUCUCUAGUCCAUCUGCGACGUGGACAUGUCGAUGCUGUGGACGAGAUUGAGGCUCUGCCGAUGCUCGCGCGACGCCGUCUUCUCCACGCUUGACCGUGACGUCGAUCGUCUCUCGCUUCGAUUCACUUUCGAGAUCGUGCAACAUGAGACGACAACUCCUUGUCUUCUUUCAAUUGUGACAUCUCGUCAGUCGCGGGUGGAGCCCCUUUUUUUUCUGUCCUGCAUUUGUUGUAAUGUCGUUGUCUUCAAUCCCCAAUACUGGUGUUGCCAUCACCAAUCCGCUCGUCCUGUACCGCGCUUUGGUCGUGACCAAUCGCAUAACUCAGGAUCCUGCCCAGCACAGACUAGCAAUACAUCUACAAAAGCUAUAUGACCGAUUAAAAGACUAUGAACCAACAGUCGAGUACAAGCACAGACUCGAUCAGAUAACUCGCGCUGUGGGUCCUUCAGUAAAUACCAACUUAGAUGCUGAUGGUUCAAAACGAGGAGUAUGGCAGACCAUUCUCGCUCAAAGAGAGAAGCGGGACAGUGUAGCUUUGACCAAAGUCCUCACCAGUCACGAAGCCGCAAUGAAUCUGGAUUCACCUCGCGGCCUCAUGCUGCAUGGCGAAGUAGGCACAGGCAAGAGUAUGCUCAUCGAUCUAUUCGCCGACUGUCUACCAAACCGGAAGAAGGCUCGCUGGCACUUCAAUACCUUUAUGCUGGAUACUUUUGCAAAACUUGAGCAAUUAAGGAGGAACCGUCUAUCAAGGCUACCACAUACUGCUGGUGCAGACGUGGAAGAACAUUCAUUGCUCUGGCUUGCUCGUGACAUGAUCAACAACUCGCCAAUACUCUUCCUCGACGAAUUUCAACUACCGGAUAGAGCGGCGUCUAAGAUCAUGACCAAUCUGAUGACCUCUUUUUUCCAACUAGGUGGUGUGCUGAUAGCAACGAGUAAUCGCAUGCCUGAAGAACUACACAAAGCAGCCGGCAUGGCUUUUUCACCACCUUCACGAUUGCAGAGCAUAACACAGAAGCUAGGGAUAGGACGAGCGACCAAGGGUAGGAGCGAGAACAUGUUUGCUGGACAGGGUGAAUUCGCUGGCUUCCUCGAGGUACUCAAAGCCCGUUGUGAAGUCUGGGAGAUGAGCAGCGGUAAGGACUACAGAAGAUACGAAGCCGACUCUCAAGCACCACCUCCAAUCGCCGAAGAAGAUCGCUUUGUCGAUGUCACGGAUAUGGAAGCUUUCGAAAGUGAGACGGCGGUCUCUGAUACUACAGAAGAAAUCGGCAAGGAUACUUCAGAAACACCGGCCGAUGCCGUAAAAGCACCUACAUACUUCCUGAUCAAUCCCGGAUCCACAGCUCCAAAGGAGGAGCAAGCAGCUUUUGCUAUCCAAGUCUUGGAUGCCGAACAGACACUACUGGGCGCGGAAGCCUCCAAGAUUGAAUGGACUCCUGCGACCAUGCGUGUCUAUGGCCGCACAGUCCCCGUACCUCGAAGCUGGAAUGGCAUCUCCUCCUGGACCUUUGCCGAACUCUGCGCCUCUGCCCUCGGACCCGCCGACUACAUCACCCUCGCCUCAACCUAUCACACCAUAAUCCUAAACGACGUACCAAUUCUCUCGCUGCUCCAAAAGAACGAAGCCCGUCGCUUCAUAACUCUCCUCGAUGCUCUCUACGAAGCCCGCUGUAAGCUCCUCAUCACCGCCUCCGCCGGCCCCGACGACCUCUUCUUCCCCGAGAAGAGCACCGCCGAAGGAGUAACCCAAGAUGCCGUAUACGCCGAAACCUUUGCCGAAGCCUAUCAAGACGCCACCGCACCCUUCCGCCCCAACAUAUCCUCCAGCAACCCCGACUAUUCAGAACCCGACUACACACACUCGCGCCUUCAAGGCAUGCUAGCAGCAGACAGCCUCGAAGACGACCCUCCAAACCGCAUCCGCAGACUCUCGGAGCAAAACGAGCGUGGCCCCAUCGACCCAGACGACGAUAUGAGAAUGCGAGGCCUACGACAAGGAAACUCCGGUCCUGAUUUCAGCAACACCCGCUCCUUUACCGGAGAAGACGAACGCUUCGCCUACCGCCGAGCACAAUCCCGUCUUUGGGAAAUGUGUGGUAAGAAAUGGUGGGCCAGAGUGGAGGAAGGAUGGCAUAAACCCCUCCCGUCCUCCAUUCGCUCAUGGGAAGUUUCUCAACCUCUGCCAUCUCCUGCUCAAACAUCUGGGGUGUUUACAGAAGGAGGGCGGGAUGCGAGAAUGGGUGCAUCGAGAGGGGUGGAUGAGGUGCAGGAUGAAGUCAUGUUUAGACAUGGAGCUAGUCCUUUUAGGAGGAGUGAGGAGCCGCCGCCAAAGUUCUCAUGGACGCAUAUUUGGGGCACGAUGAAGUGGGGAAAGAAGGCUGGUGCGUGGGGACAAGGUGUUGAGGGAUUAAAGGAUAGGAAGAAGGAGGCAAAGUAGAUGUGCUCUGGAAAUAGAUCAGUUUGUAAGAUAUCUAGAUAAUUGUUGUUGCUAUAGUAUGACAUCAUCCGAUUCCGUGCAAUGAUCAAGGCUUCAAGUCUGAGCAAGACAGUAUUCAAGCGCGAGGACGAAGUAAGAAACCUGGGACGAAGGAUUUGGUUGUUGAUGUGAUAUGUUUG